GAUCAACCACCGCUCGUCGUCUCCUUUUUCUUCGCCUCGUCGUGAUGAGAGGCGCCACGAUCUCCCCUCCCACAAGGUCCUGCAGAGUUGAGGCAAAAUGGGUCUCACGUUCACGAAGCUUUUCAGCCGCCUCUUCUCUAAGAAGGAGAUGAGAAUCCUCAUGGUCGGUCUCGAUGCGGCUGGUAAAACCACGAUCCUCUACAAGCUCAAGCUCGGAGAGAUUGUGACCACUAUCCCCACAAUAGGGUUUAAUGUGGAGACUGUUGAAUACAAGAACAUUAGCUUCACCGUCUGGGAUGUUGGGGGUCAAGACAAGAUCAGACCUUUGUGGAGGCACUAUUUCCAGAAUACCCAAGGUCUUAUAUUUGUUGUUGAUAGCAAUGACAGAGAUCGUGUAGUUGAGGCAAGGGAUGAACUCCACAGGAUGCUGAAUGAGGAUGAGUUGAGGGAUGCGGUCUUGUUGGUUUUUGCUAACAAGCAAGAUCUUCCUAAUGCAAUGAAUGCUGCUGAGAUCACUGAUAAGCUUGGUCUCCAUUCCCUGCGCCAACGCCACUGGUAUAUCCAGAGUACAUGUGCCACAACAGGAGAGGGGUUGUACGAGGGUCUUGACUGGCUCUCCAACAACAUUGCAAACAAGGCCUGAUUGGAUGUCCACAGUUAUCUACUUAUCUGGAGCACGUUGCAGUUGCAUUUUGGGAAGAACGGAUGAGCUGGUCAUUUUGAUCUUGAGAUUUGGAUUAUUAUUUCACCUGUUAAGUAUUGUAUUUCUUCGUUAGGCAUUUCUGAGAGCUGGUUUGUUAUGUUACAUAGUUACUCUCUACCAUCAUUACAAUUCUAAUUGGUUGUUGGACAUAUAUCAUACUGUAUAUGAUAUACCUGAGAAAUGCAGUUUGUUCUCAAA